AACUGUACUGUAAAGUUGCACAAAGAAGCUUUCGAUCCUUUCCCAUUUCCAUUCACUCCCUUCAUUGUUCCGAUCUCUACCCUGCUGCAGAUCUUCGUUUCAUUUCAAAGCUUUGGCAAUGGCGAUCAUCACUGAGGAACCAGAACCGUCGCCGCCGGCGAAAAGCCCAAAGCCUGAUGAUAACCGAUCUCAGCCCAGCUCAAGAGCAGAGAGUACGAAGAACAGCAGCAGCAGCCCAUUUGUUUUCUGGUUCUACUUCACUCUAGGAGUAUCGGUAAUCACUCUAUCAACCGUCUUUCUCUCAUCAUUUUCCCCAUCUUCCGAUCCCAAAUCGUUUUUCCUCUCACUCCCCGCUCCACUCCGGCAAUACUACUCCAAAGGGCGGAUUGUGAAGGCACAACUCGCUCUUAACCAGAAUCCAGUUGAAGUUUUCGUCUACGAGAGCGAGAAAGGUAUGAAAUCUGAUGCUGAAAAGGUAUUGAUCGUUCAUGGGUUGGGUUUGAGCUCCUUCUCCUUCAGAAAAGUCGUCGACUUUCUGGGUUCCAAAGGGAUUCAUGGGAUUGCCUUCGACUUGCCUGGAAACGGGUUCUCUGCUAAAUCGACAGAAGUAAUGGAAGAAAGAGGGGAUGGUGCUUUUGAACGUUUGUUGGAUGUUUAUGCUUUGAUUAAAGAGAAGGGUUUGUUUUGGGCUUUUGAUAACAUGGUUGAAACUGGGCAGAUCCCUUAUGAAGCAGUUCAGUCCCAUUUCAGUGAGAAGAAGAGUGUGGUUAGACCAAUUGUGAUGGGAAGUGAAGAGGUUGGCAGGGCUUUAGGGCAAGUGAUGUUCACAAUGGGGAUAGCUCCUGUUCAUUUGGUUUUGCAUGAUUCAAGCUUGAACAUGCUUGCCAAUUGGGUUUCUGAAAAUUCAGGGUUGUUUAGGAGUGUCACUCUGGUUGAUACCGGGUCAAAUUCAGCUCUGCCAUUGAGGAUCCUGGAAGUUCCCUUGGUCAGGGAAGUUGUGUUGGGGUCUAAUUUUGUGUAUCAAAAGUUGAUCAGUACAUGCUGCUCAAAAGGGAUUGGUUCUGCGGAUCUGGAUGCACACAGGAUGCUUUCGAGAGGAAAAGAUGGUUGGAGAGCUGCUGUGGGUACUGAGAAGUUGCUGAAUGGUAGCUUUGAGAUAGGUGAAUGGGGAAGUUCGAAGGGGAUGAAAAGGAUUCCUAUUCAGGUGGUUUGGUCGAGGAGUUGGUCGAAAGAAUGGAGUGAUGAGGGACGUCGAGUGUCUGAGGCUCUUCCUCAGGCGAAGUUCGUACUGCAUGCUGGUGGUCGAUGGCCUCAGGAUGAGACAGCCGAGGAGAUAGGCGAACGAGUAGCCACGUUUGUAUCAUCUCUACCAAAGUCAUUUAGACAAGCUAAAGAGGAGUCUAUACCAGACCACAUCCAGAAGCAGCUGGAUGAGGCAAAACAGAAUCCUCAUCAUCACCACCACGGCAAUGGUGACGACCACCUUCAUGGACAGGCCUCAGACUACAUGGAUGCCUAUGGGCUUGGCCAGGCAUGGGGAAGAUAGAUUCUGAGCAUGAAGUAGCUGCUGCAAUGGUGUGGUAGAGAUCGACUCUGAGCAUGAUCUUCAGCACGAAAAAGCACAAACCUCGGAUGUCACAUAUGCCUUUUUUUUGGGUUUUGUUCAAUUUUGCAGUUGAUUCUCCCUAAUCUCUAUAUAGCUUAGGUUAAAAUGCGACUCAGAUUAUCUGGUUUCCUUACCCCACCCCUCAGGCUGUUUGGUUCAAUACAAUUAUCAAAUUAGCUGUUGUAGUGGCUCUUUGGUACGUAAUGAUGUAUACUAAUUUGGUUCUUUGCUUGCCCCAAAAGGAUCUUUCACGCAUUUCCUUUUUGGUAGAAAGCCGAAUGACAAAGUUGAUUACGCAUUGAGUCUCCAUUUUUUCAAAAGUAUUUUUCAUAGGGUGAAUUGCAUCUUCUAUUAAAUACAAAAAAAUUAUUAAAUCUAGACAUGAAAGUACAAAUUGCGUUUGUCAUGCUAUGAAAUAAAGUGUUGGAUAAACU